AUGGAGGACGAGCGGAAGCGCGACGGCGACGCGGAGGAAGGGGAGGCGCACGUAGACGUAGAUGCGGGCACAGGGGCUGCGGGCAGGGGGGGAGGGGGUUCGCGGAAGCGGAAGCAGGCGCAGGGCGCGCGGAAGAAGGGCGGGGGUGAGAAGGUCCCCGCGCUGGUGAAGUGGGGCGGGCGCGCAGCGGUAGUGGUGGGAGGCGGAGCAAUGGCGGCGGCCGCUGCGGGGUCCUCGCUGCUAGAGUACCAGGUGCAAGCGGUGCUACGGGGCGCGCAUGUGGACCUCGCUGCUGCGAGGCAGAGAGGGAAGGGCAAUAAACCACCAGCCAGGUGCCAUUGUAUCGUUACGUGGCUGUACCUGUGUGCUCACACCUGCAACUGCCCCUCCUCCCCCUCCUCCUCCUGUCAGGUGCAAGCGGUGCUACGGGACGCGCAUGUGGACCUCGCUGCUGCCAGGCAGAGAGGGAAGGGCAAUAAACCACCAGCCAGGUGCCAUUGUAUCGUUACGUGGCUGUACCUGUGUGCUCACACCUGCAACUGCCCCUCCUCCCCCUCCUCCUCCUGUCAGGUGCAAGCGGUGCUACGGGACGCGCAUGUGGACCUCGCUGCUGCCAGGCAGAGAGGGAAGGGCAAUAAACCACCAGCCAGGUGCCAUUGUAUCGUUACGUGGCUGUACCUGUGUGCUCACACCUGCAACUGCCCCUCCUCCCCCUCCUCAUCCUGUCAGGUGCAAGCGGUGCUACGGGACGCGCAUGUGGACCUCGCUGCUGCCAGGCAGAGAGGGAAAGGCGUGGUGGUGGCUGUGGACAGCGCGGUGGAGACACUAAGAGAAACACUUAAAGCAAUGCCGGAGGGCGAGCAGGGCGCUGGCGCCCAGGGGCGUGCUAGAGCCCAUGCACCCAUCCGCUUCUCCCCCUCCCGCGGAGGGCAUGAGGGGCCUGUGAGGCGUGCUAGAGCCCCUUCAGCCAUCCGUUCCUUUCCUCCUCCCCCACACCAUCUCACACCUCCCCACCCUGCACCACCACACCGCAGGCGUGCUACAGCCUAUGCACCCAUCCGUUUCUCCCCUCCGCCACCGCCCCACUCCGUCCCACACCUCUCCUCUCCGUGCCAUAUGCAGGUGACAGCAGACACGUCUCUGCCGUACGUGGAGGCGUUGGUGGGGGCGGAGGGCGUGAGGAGCCUCGCCUUCACCUUCCACCGCCCCUCCCACGUGCACGCCAUCGGCAGCUUCGCCCACCACUCCGCCUCCCACCCUGCAUCGCACACACAUGGGGGCACUGACGGUGGUGGUGAUGGUGGUGAAGGGGGAGAGAUUGGAGAGGGCGGGGCAUCGGAUGGAUUUCGUGGUGACGCACGCGUCAGGUGUGCCGCGCAUGCUUGCACUGAUGCCUCCCCUGGAAGCGACGGUGAUGCUAAUUCGAGUUUUACGAUGUCUGCAAAUUCUAUUCACACCUCCUAA